CAGCGCGUCAACUUCACAUCUAGGCUCUCCACCCAUCCAACGCCACGAUGAGCUCGCAGCGAUCAAGCGUAGUUCCGCAAGAUUUUCUUGUGCGAAUUAGAUAUUCCAAUGCGCUCCCUCCUCCGCCAUGCCCUCCCAAGCUCCUCGAUAUUCCCAACACCGGUCUUUCAAGCGGGCAGUACACAUCGGCCAGUUUUGCGUCGAGGCUUGCGCGAGAGCAGCCCCUGAACAUUGAAGCGGAUGCGGAGCUUGGCAUGCCCAUCGAUCUGGUGGGUAUCCCAAAGGUGUUCGACGGAGAUGAAUCAGCUAUCCAUGCCAUGGCUCACCCUACGCCUCUAUGCGCUGCCGAUCGAGCGCUGAUGCGACCCCCGAACGCGCUCGGAAAGACACACAACAACGCUACGGGCACCUCCUUCUUGCGACGCACAGAAUACAUCACCUCGAGUACAACAGGCGGGUCCAAGUUCGAGUCGAGUAACUCGUCCAACACGAUGCGUGUACGCCGGAAGCGAAAGCUUCAGGACACCUCGGUCGACGAUCCCCUCAACAUCUCCAGACACAUCUUGAAGGGCUUCAACCUUGCGUACCCGGCCGAUGCCUACAACGGGCAAGACAGCGCAGAAAACAUCCGCGCAGCAGAGGUCUCAGCCGAAGAGAGGCAGGCCUGGAACAAGCCCAAGAACCCCAAGAACCCCAACCUGAGGCUGCUAGACUCGUACCCAUUGCUGCCAGACUGGGAUGCCAUGACCGACACCGGCGCGUACAUGAUGUUCAAGUACGUGGCCGCGCCGGUGAAUGACCCUCUCAAUCCCGCAUACGAUCCUCGUCUCGACGUUGCGCUCCUGCGCCCCGCAGGCCAGUCGAUCAAAGACCAAGAGCUAUACCAGCAAGAGAAAGAGGCACAGAAGGAGGACCCCACAGCCCCAGCGCCAACUUCACGGUUCCACUUUGAAUUCUUCCUGCCCGGCAGCAGAGACCGCAUCCGCGACAUCCAGCGCAAUCUCUCCACCAACGAUCCCAACGCCGACGACAUUGUCUUCGACGGCCUGGGUGAAGAUGACGAAGGCCGCCCCCGCAAGUUCUUCAAGUACGACAACAUCCGCACAUACGAGACGUCGCAACAAGUCGCCUGCGAAGACGUCUACGGCGACGUCGUCGCGCUCGCCAUGCACGACCCGGAGAAACACAGGCAGGACAGCCUGCGCAGCACGAAGCUGCAGAAGGCCGCAUACUUCUAUCCGAUUAUACAGAAGACGAGCAUCAGGCCGCGCAGGCCGGGACACUUUGAAAUGGUCGAGGAGCAGCAGCGCGUCGAUGUUAUUGAGGCGGCGGGCAAGGAGCCUGGGAACGAGGCAGAGAAGAGGGACUCAUAUAGGAGGAAGGCUGAGCCUGUUGAGGUGUGAUUGUCCCAGGACUGAGGCGGAGACCGUUUAGUUGCAUAGCGUGGCGUUGGGGCGGAAAAUUGUAUCAUAUCGAGCUAUAUGCUGUUUGUGUCAAAUGGUGGCUUGAGGGUGAUGGAUUUAACACGUCCAAGAAGUGUACUACUAGACUUGCUUCGGACUGUGAAGUAGUAUGUGCGUCAGAGUGCUGACCAGCAGAUAUAGACACCGCUCCACCACCCAGAACCACAAAUAUACAAGAAACAGACAUGACCGAGGAACCCAAACGCCGAUCAUAAGGUCAUGAAGAAAUAUCAAAUCCACAUGUCACUCAGUCAUCAAGACCAAACACCCUACUCUCGGGAUCCUCCCACCUCUUACUCUUCAAAAUCCUCAUCUUUUUAAUCGGGCUCGCACUUCUGCCCAUUGCCUCGCGCUCGAGUUGCUCAACCUUCGCCCG